AAGUAAUUCGUGUACACGAAAGACGUUUCUUCCAUCGAAACGUGGCAAUAAACGGGGCGCUGUUGGCACUUGCUCCAAUGUCUUUACGCGUGUAGUGUUAUAGUAUUGUAAUUGACACGAACGAGGCGGUUUAAUAAGAAUGAAGUGGUAUAUUUUACUCGCAGCUUUUGCUGCAUUAUAUAUAACCGUAUAUGGAGAGGAAGAGGAAGAAGCUGCCAGAUUGUUAGUAUCUAAACAAAUUCUUAAUAAAUAUCUAGUAGAAAAUAUGGAUAUUAUAGUAAAGUACACAGUUUACAACAUUGGUAAUGCAGCUGCAUUAGAAGUUGAAAUUACUGAUAAUUCUUUCCAUCCUGAUCACUUUACUCAUGUAAGCGGAGAGCUUAAUGCUAGAAUAGAUAGAGUACCACCAUUUACAAAUGUGAGUCAUACAGUGGUUGUAAGACCACGUAAAUUUGGAUACUUUAACUUCACAUCUGCCGAAGUUUUAUAUCGACGUAAAGAAGACGCUUCUAGACUUCAAGUUGCAGUAAGCAGUGAACCUGGUGAAGGACUGAUUGUUUCAUUUAGAGAUUAUGAUAAACAAUUUUCAUCCCAUGUGAUUGACUGGGCUGGAUUCGCUAUAAUGACUUUACCAUCAUUAGCUAUUCCAUUCGCAUUGUGGUAUUCCAGCAAAAGUAAAUACGAGAAACUGUUGAAAACUACGAAAAAACAUUAAGUGUGUGUGUUUUGUACAAAUAUUAAAUUAUAAUAAAAUCUAGGUCAUUUAUAAGAAGAUUAACUAGCAAUGUUGUAAGAGAUUUGACUGUUCCAUCGUAUGUGCAUCUAUUUUUAUAAUAGAUAUUAUUUAUAAAUA